GGAACUCACUAGAGCCCGGAUGCCUCCUGGGGGGGGAAGUGGUUUCGUGAGGAGAAUUUGAGUUUAAACUGUAAGACCUAAUUAUGAGUGAUCAAAUCAAAUUCAUUGUGGACAAUCUCAAUAAGGAGCCUUUUAGGAAGAACUAUAACUUAAUUACAUUUGAUUCCCUGGAACCAAUGCAACUAUUACAAGUUCUCAGUGAUGUUCUGGCUGAGAUUGACCCAAAGCAAGUUGUUGAUAUCAGAGAGGAGAUGCCAGAGCAGACAGCCAAAAGGAUGUUGAGCCUUCUCGGUAUCCUUAAAUACAAACCUCCAGGAAAUGCCACGGACAUGAGUAACUUUCGUCAGGGUCUGGUGAUUGGAAGUAAACCUGUAAUUUACCCAGUGCUCCACUGGCUUCUUCAGAGGACUAAUGAACUGAAGAAAAGAGCGUAUUUAGCUUGUUUUUUAAUAAAACUUGAGGUACCAAGUGAGUUUCUUCAGGAUGAAACCGUGGCUGAUACCAAUAAACAGUAUGAAGAUUUGAUGGAAGCCUUUAAAACUUUGCAUAAAGAAUGUGAGCAGCUCAAGACAUCUGGAUUUUCUACAGCAGAAAUAAGAAGGGAUAUCAGUGCAAUGGAGGAAGAAAAGGAUCAGCUCAUUAAGAGAGUUGAACGUUUGAAGAAAAGGGUGGAGACAGUUCAGAAUCAUCAACGGAUGCUUAAAAUAGCAAGGCAACUUCGAGUUGAGAAAGAGAGAGAAGAAUUUCUUGCACAACAGAAACAGGAACAAAAGAAUCAGCUAUUUCAUGCAGUGCAGAGACUGCAAAGAAUACAAAACCAGUUGAAAAGUAUGCGCCAUGCAGCAGCAGAUGCGAAGCCUGAAAGUUUAAUGAAGAGGCUAGAGGAGGAGAUAAAGUUUAAUUCAUAUAUGGUAACUGAAAAAUUUCCUAAAGAAUUAGAGAACAAGAAAAAAGAAUUGCAUUUUUUACAGAAAGUGGUUUCAGAGCCUGCUAUGGGUCAUUCUGAUCUUCUUGAACUUGAAUCUAAAAUAAAUGAAAUAAACACACAGAUCAGUCAGCUGAUUGAAAAGAAAAUGAUGAGAAAUGAGCCAGUUGAAGGCAAACUGUCACUAUAUAGGCAACAGGCAUCCAUCAUUUCUCGUAAAAAAGAAGCCAAAGCUGAGGAACUUCAGGAGGCAAAGGAGAAGGUAGCCAACCUAGAGAGAGAAGUGUCAGUGAAGACAAAUCAGACCCGUGAAUUUGAUGGCACCGAAGUCUUGAAGGGAGAUGAAUUCAAACGAUAUGUCAGUAAACUUCGAAGCAAGAGUACAGUUUUCAAAAAGAAGCAUCAGAUAAUAGCUGAAUUUAAAGCUGAAUUUGGUCUCUUGCAGAGGACAGAAGAACUUCUUAAGCAACGUCAUGAAAAUAUUCAACAUCAGUUGCAAACUAUUGAGGAGAAAAAGGGUAUAUCUGGAUAUAGUUACACCCAAGAAGAGCUAGAAAGAGUAUCCGCCCUGAAGAGUGAAGUUGAUGAAGUGAAAGGACGAACACUGGAUGACAUGUCUGAAAUGGUAAAAAGACUAAAUUCUCUGGUAUCUGAAAAGAAAUCAGCUCUAGCUCCAGUUAUAAAAGAACUACGACAAUUGCGUCAGAAAUGUCAAGAAUUAACCCAGGAGUGUGAUGAAAAGAAAUCCCAGUAUGAUAGCUGUGCAGCAGGUCUUGAAAGCAAUCGGUCCAAAUUAGAACAGGAAGUCAGAGGACUCCGUGAAGAAUGUCUUCAAGAUGAAAGUAGAUACCAUUAUACAAAUUGUAUGAUUAAGAAUCUAGAAGUACAACUUUGUCGUGCUACUGAUGAAAUGAAGGCAUAUGUCUCUUCUGAUCAACAAGAAAAAAGAAAGGCAAUUAGGGAACAGUAUACCAAAAAUAUUGCUGAACAGGAAAAUCUUGGAAAGAAACUCCGGGAAAAACAAAAAGCUGUACGAGAAAGUCAUGGUCCAAAUAUGAAACAAGUGAAAAUGUGGCGUGAUUUUGAACAAUUGAUGGAAUGUAAGAAACAGUGCUUUCUGAAACAACAAAGCCAAACUUCCAUUGGUCAGGUAAUUCAGGAGGCAGGAGAGGACCGGCUGAUACUCUGAGUUCAUGUGUCAUUGUUUGAGGUUUUAGUUGAUACUGCUAGCUAUAAGCAUAAUCCCAUGGUGUAUUCCCUUUCUUGAAAGUGAUUUGUACAACAUUUUGCUUUCAGAUUAGCCAUUCCCUAUUAAGUUUUCUUGGAAAAUAAUGUUAAGGUAAAUUUAGGUUUUAAAAGUUUUUUAAUAUGAAAAAGAGGCUUUUAUUUUUUUUUCUUAGUUUAGACAUAGUGGUGUCUUCUGUGUUUUAUGAGACAGGAGACUGAGUUUACUAUCUGUAAAUGUAAACAUAUGUCCAUUAAGAAACAGGUAGGUUUUUUUUAACAUAAUAACCCAGUGGCUUAAUGUUUUUCUUAAUCUUUUUUUAACUUUAGAGGAAUCUUUUAGGAAUUAAUAUCUCUUGUUUUGAAGAAACAUUUCUCUGACGUUCAGCAAUUCCCACAGUUUCACUUCAGUUUCUUUUUCUUCUGUAAAAUUCAAGAUUUAUUAUUUUGAAUAACAUAUUUGUUCUAUUUGUAUUGUUUAAAGGCAAAUAAAACUUGGUGUACAUAUCAUGGCUAUUUAUUUAAAAUUUA